AUGUCGAUGAGUGGGGAUUUCGACGAGAGCGAGGACGGGAGUGAGGUGAAGAGAGUGUUGUGGGUAAGAAUGGCAAUUUGUCAAUGUGUGAACGAUCUGGUGACCCGACAGGCGGAAGAAGUUCUCUUCACCACCUACUCUCUCGGGUUCGUUGUCUCAUUCGACCGAAGGGUUUCCUCAGACGACGGGAAAGACUCUCUACACCUCAGAGUCUCGCCCAUGGUCGGCCACCAAGGCCGAGUCAUCUCUUUCGACGCUGACGGGCGAUACUUCCACCCCCGCUACGACGCUCCCUCCAGACUGACUGAAAAACUGCUGGGACUCCUAUGCGGCUUCAGCCUACCUUCUCUUCUCAAGAAGAAGAUGACGGGAAGUAGGUCAAGUGUGACCGAGGAGAAGGUCAUUGGGUGCAGGGUAUGAGGAAGAAGACGACGGCGAAGCCAAAGAGAGCGAACAUGGGUGAAAUAGUAGCGGAAGGGGGG